GUCUGGCUUCCACAUAAAAGACAGGAACCACUGCAGUCAGUUUCCACUUCCAGUUAACGGACGACAGCAAAAAACAGCAAAAAAAGGAAGAUGGCCAGACUAUUAUUACUUUCUCUCCUGGGUCUUGUGGCCAUAUGUGCCGUGCAUGGAAUAUUUAUGGACAGACUUGCUUCCAAGAAACUCUGUGCAGAUGACGAGUGCGUGUAUACUAUUUCUCUGGCCAGAGCUCAAGAAGAUUACAAUGCCCCGGACUGUAGGUUCAUUAAUGUUAAAAAAGGACAGCAGAUUUACGUUUACUCAAAGCUGGUACAAGAAAAUGGAGCCGGAGAAUUUUGGGCUGGCAGUGUUUAUGGAGAUGACCACGAGGACGAGAUGGGCACCCUGGGCUAUUUCCCCAGCAGCUUGGUCGAGGAGCAACGCGUGUACCAAGAAGCCACCAAGGAAGUCCCCACCACGGAUAUUGACUUCUUCUGUGAGUAA